AUGGUGAAGCUGCUUGUAGACUCCGACCUCUGUUCUGUGGUCAAAGAUAUACCUCAAGAUGCCAGUAUGGCUUUUCUGUGUGAUCGAAUCUACCCAUUGACUGGCAUUGCACCGGAAGAUAUGCAACUUACAAUCGAGGACCAGCAGGGCAAAAUCUUGAAAAGUGUGAAGCCACUAACUGCUAUCAAUAGCUUUCCUCUAAAGGAAUAUUCUGGAGUGAGUCGUAUCGUUGUUGUAGAUACCAAUGCCAGCUCAAUGGCAAAUCAACUGCGACAGAGUGAUGCUGAUGUUGAUGCCUUCACUCUGUCAGAAGCUGACUAUGCACAGAGGAACGACUCUGUAAUGGCUUGGAAAGCCCGUAACAAGCUGGGUAGGUUCGACCCCGAAUAUCAGCAGCGAUUAAAUGCAGAUCGGGCUGUACAAGAGUCUAAACUUCGAAGUCUACAAGUAGGCGAGCGUUGCUCUGUUCAAAGUAGCGAUCAACCAGAAAGAAGAGGUUGGCUGAGGUUCGUCGGAAAGGUGCCGGAAAUCUCAGCAACGGAAGUAUGGUGUGGGGUGCAAUUUGACGAGCCAGCGGGCAGAAACGAUGGUUCUUUCAAAGGUGUCGUCUACUUUGGUCCAGUGGGACCAAAUUACGGAGGAUUUGUCAAGCCCUCAAACGUCACCACUGGUCCAAACUUCGUACCACUCGAAGCAGACUUUGAGUGGGAUGAUCAGGAGGUUUAA